AUGCCGCUGCCCCGCGCCUCGCCGCUGCUCCGCGCUCUGCUGCUCGGCCUCCUCCUGCGCGCCGCUGCCGCCGAGUCGGUGAGAGAAACAGAGACCAUAGAUGCCCGAUGGCUUGAGUAUCCUGCCUCCGGAGACUUGCCAGAUGAUGAAGACAUUGGUGAAUUCAGGCCUCACUUAACUUCUGAUGAGUUAGAUAUAGAUGAGACAUCUGGGUCUGGAGACUACUUGGACUCUGAAGAUGCCAUAUAUCUGACCACCAUGGACGCUCCUGUGAUAUCUGACAACUAUAUCCCUGGAGAUACUGAGGGGAAGAUAGAAGGGAAGGGGAAAAACACAAUGGUGGACAAUGAAAUCAUUCCAGGCAAAGCUGUACCUGUUGAAGAGAACCUGCCCAACAAGAUCUCUGCAGCGAGUACAGCCAACAGCAGCAUCUUUGAAAGAACAGAAGUCCUUACAGCUCUCAUUGCAGGAGGGGCAGUGGGCCUCCUGUUUGCUGUCUUCCUGAUCCUCAUCUUAGUCUAUCGCAUGAAGAAAAAGGAUGAAGGUAGUUAUGACCUUGGGAAGAAACCCAUCUACAAGAAAGCCCCAACAAAUGAGUUCUAUGCUUAAAACUCAGCAGCACCUUGUGCCCAUCAAGGGACAAACAGACUGUAUGGAAACACUGUGCCCUCAGAUGAGAUGGGCUGAACAAAUGCUCUUUUUUGGAUUGAAUUUCAAAGUGACUUUGAGAGAAAACAAACUUCCUACGUGACCCUUCCCAUCCCACUCAGCUACCAAGGGCCCAAUGAAAUACAAAGAGUCUGAAAAAAAAUAAACCUCAGUGUAUUUUUUUCUUGUUUCUAAAGCUAGUGUAAAGAGAAUCAAGAUGCCAAAUUUUCUGCUUGGUUUCAUAGAGGGUAUAUAAACACAAAGCAGACUGUAUGGAAGCAAACACCAUGUGUUUGCACCCAAUGUGCUGAGCUCAGAUUGGCUGCUUCUAUAGAAGAUGGCUCUUUUUAUAAACCUUGCUAAUAGAAGUCUUGCAGCAGGCUGGUGAUGUGGAGCAUGUUUGUGGAGAACUGUUUAUGAAUCUCUUACACUACAGAUAAUGUUGCCUUAUCAGGGGAGUAAAAGGCCCAUAGGGGCUUAAUCCCUGAAUGCCAUAAAGGGCCUAUGGGAAUGUCUUCCCUCGGAGACUUCUGUCUCUUCCUGUCAGCCCCAGGCAAGGGUCAUUAGUCCAUGAAAUCAGGACAGCCGGCUUUGUUUGGCUAUGGGGGCACCCUUUCCUUGCCUUCAGUCUCUUUUUUUUUUUUUUUUUUGUAAGGAUUGCUUGUAGGAGGUGUUCUUUUUGUUUUGUUUUUUUUUUUUCAUAAAAUUUUAAAGAAAAUAGCCUAAUUUUUAUAUAAAGUUUGUAGAAAUAGUUUUGAAAUAAUAAUAAUAAAAAAAUCUACUUUUUUAAUUUCCUCAGAUUUAUUUUUUCAUUCCCUUUGUGUUUCCUUUGGCCGGGCAUUUCUCUAGAGUUGUUGUUUUAUAUGAUUCAUAUUCUCAACUGAAGCAGAGCUAGCUACAGUGUGUUACAGGUUUCUUCUAUUUCUAUAGCAGCUACUGUAGAGGGUAAAGAUAUUUAUGGCUUUCCCAUAACUUUUUUAGGAAUUGAUUUUUUUUUUAAUAGAAUUAUUUAUAGUUUCUGAAAUGGCUGCUCUUGGUUGGUAACUUUUAUCCUUUUUAUGUAAAACACUAAUAUAAUGAGUCUCUGUGAAAACUAUUUAAGCUUUAUUCUGUGAAUUUUAAUUAUAAACGCAAAGCAAUAACUUCUAGGAUUAAUUUGUAUGCAAAAUUGGAUUCAUAAUAUGAUUGAAGUAGGGGAAAAGAUGAGAGAGUAUUUCUAGCCUGUAAUAUAUUAUAAUCGGUCCUAUAGAGCUAUAUAUUAUAUAUUUUACUGAGGAAUAAUGCAGUUAAGAGUGAAAAGGCUGGAGUUUGUUCUUCAGCAGCCUUACUGUAUGCAAGAGGCUUGGUCUCGUUUGUGCUGCUGUUUAUCCAGUGUCUUGCCUGGUGUUUGGUAUGCAGCUGGGAGCAGCUGGAACCCUGGGGCUCUGUCGCGUGUCCCUGGCCUGUGCCUGGAAGCAGGCGGUUGGAGGUGUGCCAGGUUUGGUCCUCUUUGGAGCAGAGAUCCCCACCUGGGGUUACUCUUUGGAAGCUCACAGUAUGGUGGAAAUAACUUUGUUCUGGUGGCUGGCUGCACUGCAGAGUCCCUGUGGUGCUGUGCCAAGUACCUGCCUCUUGCAGGGGGCUGGCUUUUGUAGCUGGGAGUCUGUCUCAGUUGGGAGCAUUGAGCUUUCAUAGAGGGCUAGCUCUGAACCGCCCAUGGUGGGUCUCUCUUAAUAUAUCAUGUACAUAGCUCCUACCUCUACUGAGAGUUAGACUGAUUGCCCCAGCACUCCUAAAGUGACGGGUAAUGUGUGUGUCCAAUGCCUUUGUUUCAAGAAGGUGUUACAGAACUUUGUGCAUGUCAUUUGCUCCUGCAGCUCUCUGAAUCUGAUGUGGCUCAGGAGAAGCCCAGAGUGUGGGCCCCCAUACUGAGCAUUAGGCAGCACAAAACCAGAUUGGUUGGGAAGGCUGUUCAGCAAUUUCAUCGACUCCUGAAGCCUCCUCACUGAGGGUUUGUUGUCGGCUUUAGGCCAAAUUCACAGAGGCAAUAGAACAAAAGUUCAGCUUCAGCUGGUGGCAGCUGCUUCCCAGAGCUGAGCAGGCCAAGUGGGAAUGCAGGGGGAGCCCUGUAUUGAGACACCGUGUGAAAGGACUUUUCCCAAGGCUUGACUGGCUCGCUUGGUCCCAGUACAAGUGUGUUCAGGGAAUCUGCAGGCGCUGGGAAGCUGUAAAAACUGCACAGAGGUCACUGUGGACUGGGAAGGAGAAGGGAGGACUUCACUGCCAAUGGACAGUGGUACCGGAAAGGCAGGAGCAGCAUCUGCUUCUCGGGGUGUUUAGGUUCUCUUGUGUAAUUGCUCUUGGGGGUUUUUCCACUGUUACUGAUUUUAUUUUCUCAAAUAAACUGUUACUUUCUAAA